AUGUAUUUGCGUCAUUUGAUGAUACUGCUAACACUUACUUUGGCGGUGGCCUGCGAAGGUCUUGUCGACGUCGCAGGAGAGAACCAAGUAGCGGGUUCAGUCGCCAGGGGUGACAAUGACGGCAUGGCGCAGCGGAGGCUGAGAAGCAGCGCAACUACGGCCGUCGUGGCUGAUGGCCCGGACGAUGAGGAGAGGGUGACUCUCAACGUUAAAGCGGGCUUUGACAAACUGAAAAAUCUCUUCAAGAAGAAUCUCGAGAUGACCAAGACGUUGCAGAAUGUUGAGAGUAUCAAGUUUACUUCAAAGGAAGUACUGUAG